AUGAAUUCAAAUACAAGUCAACAUGUUACUAUUAUCGAAAAAGAAGAUCGAGUACCCAUGAAAAUCGAUCAACCAAUAUCUAAUAAAGUUAAACAAUCAUUAGAAAAUUCUUCAUCAUUAACAAAUACAAAUAAUUUACCAAUUCGAUAUGGUGCAGCAUCAAUAAUUCCACAUGAUGAUGGAUUUGAUUUAAAAUCUAUUCUCGAUAAUAAACCAACUUUACCUAUUCAAACAAAUGAUUUAAUGAAUAUUUUAAAAGAUGAAAAAUCUAAAAAGACUUCAUUUAAAGAUAAUACUAUUCAACAAAUACUUCUGGAUAAUAAUCAUGAUGUAAAAAACCUUAUUCAAAGUGCUAAACAAGCUCAACAAGAUUUCAUUGAUGCAAUUCGUUUUGAUUAA